CUCUCUCAUCAGCCAACGAACAGAAGAAGAAGAAGAAGGAAAUGGAGGAUUUGGGAUCCAUGUGGAGCUACCAGGAGAGCAUGGACGAGGUAAAACAGAGCCUUCUGUACAAGACCCUGGAGCUGGAAUCAGUGAAAGCGGAAGCCGACGAGAAAUUGAGCAAGUACAAGGAGGAAAUGAGCCAGCUGAUCGACCUCCUGAAGCUUGCUUACCAAGAAAGGGACGAGGCCAAAGACCAGCUCCAAAAGCUUCUCAACAAGGUCAUGCCUUCUGAAACCAACCCAAUUCCCCACCAGCAGCAACCAGAUAGCCCGAUUGUGAUUCAGGGGAAAGCCAAUUCGAGCAUAACCGAGUCCAACAGCCUCUCCGAAACUUACAACCCGCAGUACUCCCACAGCUCUUCCCCUGUCGAUUCCUUCUUCCACGACGCCGCCGCCGCCGCCGCCGUGUCCUCGCCGGAAUUCUCAAGCAUCAACAUUGCAGCAGCUCCCCCUGUUAUGGCGGCGGCUAAGGUUGACCCUUUCGAUGCCGUGAUUGAUCAUCUGGUGAAGGGGAAAGCUCUGCCGCAGCAAGGGAGCCUUCUACAGACUGUGAUGGAAGCAGGGCCGCUCCUCAACACGCUUCUCGUCGCCGGGCCGCUGCCGCGGUGGAGGAAUCCGCCAAAGCUCCAGACUUUCAAGAUCCCUCCCGUUUCGAUCAAGGGAUGUGAUGGUUCUGGCAAGACCAGCGCCGCUGCUCAAUUGCAGCAGCAGAAGGCGUUUUUCGGUUCUCAGACUUGCUCUGCUGCUUCCAUGCUGAAUUUCGGGAAUGGGGCUGCUUCUGGUUCUGGGUUCGGGUCGGGUUGGAGUUUGGGCUCCGGUGGCGUCAGCCAAUUCCCGGCGGGAAAGAGGCAGAGAUUUCAAUGAGGCCUUUUUUUUCUGUCUUCUUCUUGUUUUGGAAGAGUUGCCGGACUUUCCGCCCCCGGAGUUAGUUCUCUGUAAAGAGGAAGAGAAAGUUCAGAGUCAAUAGAAUUUUUACCGCUGCUAGUUGUGGAUCCUGUAAAUGAAACAACUUUAUUAUUCUGUGACAUAGGUGGUCUCUAUUUAUUUAGUUAGCUGGUAGCUCUGGUAAUGGUUUCUCUUCUCUCGUUUGCUCUCUUUUCAGCCUUUUUUUGGAGGCUUCCAUUCUUGUAAACAUGGACCAACUACUACUACAUUUUAGUUCGUCCUUUCAUUCAGCUU